ACCAUUCCAUGUUUAGACGUCAUCCGGAGCGGUCGUCACAAUCGUCGCUCAUAAUACGUUCAGUGAUUUAGAACUGAGUGCUGUGUGAUUAACUUUACGUGUUACAAUUUUUUUUUAUCGUGAUUCGACGGAAAGUUUCAACCGUAUAAUCAUAUUUGAUUUUCAACUCGUCCGCAUAUCGAUGUUUCAAACAGUAAUAUAAAUGUUGAUCAGCGACCUGAAUGAUCUUCACGUCACCGGCUCCACCUAUUAAGUAGUCAGCAUGGUGGUGGUGCUGAACGGCGUCCUAGCGGACGAGUGUCCGACGUCCGUCCGGGCGUUGUUAGCAGCGCACCCUGGCUAUAGAGACGCAGCGGCACAGCUACUGGCGGCCGCGGCGAGGGUCGUUGGCCCGCCUGGUCUGCUAUAUGUUGGGCAGAGAGAACUGGCGGCCGUUGUUCCUCAUGACAAAAACGUUAGUAUCAUAGGAUCAGAUGACGCCACAUCAUGUAUUAUAGUUGUCGUCAGACACUCAGGAUCAGGUGCAGUAUCACUCGCUCAUCUAGAUGGUUCUGGAACAGCGGAAGCAGCCGCAACUAUGGUAGCUCGAGUGCAACAAUUAGCCGUAGGAUACCCAGAAGGUCGGCUGGAACUGCAGCUCGUCGGUGGAUUCACAGAUCCGCAUCGAUAUUCAGACGAGCUCUUCGCUAACAUCAUGUUAUCGUUUCACCGUCUCUCCGAAGAAAUCGAUCUCACCCUCGCUUGCUGCUGCGAGUUGAACACAGCUCUAGGGGGUGGAUCUCCGGCUCCCCUCGUCACGGGUGUCGGAGUGGACAUUCGUGCUGGUGAUCUGUUCCCAGCCAACUUCCCUGAUAAGGGACCAGAACAACCCCUUCGCGGUGCUAGACAUAUUACUGGCGGACUACACUCAGCGCAGGUACUGGACAUAUACGACAAUGGCGUAGGCAUGUUACGCAUCGGCCCAUUUAACUACGAGCCUUUACGAGGCGUGGAUCUCUGGCUGGAACAGUCCGACGACUUUAUACUCCAGCAUCUUAGUACCACACCAGCCGUAGAAGGUCCCCACUUCGUUCACAAUAUUCGUGUUACUCUAAAAUUCAUCCAGCAACAUCCGUUCCCAGCUGUAACAGUGUUCCCGGACAAUAGACCUCACUACUACCGGCGUGACGAACAAACCGGUUGCUGGGUUCCUGUACGAUUCUAGACCUUAUCAAUGCGUUUACAGACUAAAAUUGAAAGAAGCAGAUAUAGAAUGGUUAUGAAUGAAAGUAAUAAGGAGCUAUAGAAGCUGGCGAAAUGCAUUAUAUCCUCCUUGUUCUUAACCUUUUUUUUCUUUUGUUUUGUUUUGACGUUUUAUUUUAUCACAUAAGGAUUAAAACGAUGCGUUGAAUAAAUUCAAAUUUUAAACAUAUAUGUUUCGUUGAUUGAUUUGCUUAGACAAAAGUUUUGGCGGGAAAUACCGAACUAAGCAUAAAGGAUAUAUAUUGGCAUUGACUAAAUAUUAAUUAAUAAUAUAUAACUUUUACAUUGAAGAUAUAUUUAAUAGAAAUUACGCCUAAUGUGCCGUUGACUUGAAAAUAUUUUAUGCAUGUAUAGUUAUGUGCUAAAACCAUAUAGAGAUGUGCUGACUCGCUCUGCUAUUUUGACCUCUAAACUAAACUAAUUUAAAGCGACUCUUUCUUUUGUAUGAUGUUAAGAAAGGAUAGCAGGUAUUUUAGUUGCAUCAAGUUUUUUUAGACACAAAACUAGUACCAGUGCUUUGUUAUAUCGAGGAUAAAUUGUAAUUAUUAUUAAAACCUUGUUUAAUAACGAGUCUGCAUUAUAAUUGCAUUCCAUUGUGAUAGAGUAAAAUAGAUACUAAUUAUGGUAUAGCUUAAUGACUUGUUUGUAAAGAUAUAUGACACUAUUGUUUCAUUAAUUUAUCAAAAGCGAAGACCUUACUUUUGUGUUCUUACUUUGACAUUUAAACAUAAAAUAAAUUGAUUUAUAUACAAAAUUGAAUCCCUAUAAAUGUUUUUAUUUUACUUUGAACCUAAGUAGGCGUAAUGAUAUAUUUUAUUAUUUGUAAAAUGUUCACUGGUAUUCGGCUAUUUUAGCAUG